AUGAAAAAACGAAACCCAAAAGAGUUUGAAUGUUCAAAAGAAAAGUUGAAGGCUUCCCACUUUGAAAAAGCUGAGGAGCAUAAAGUAGGUGAAAGAAUAGUUAACCAACUUUUGCAAAUGACAAGUCAAAAGAAAAGUUUGGUUACUUUUCAAAACAACACUCAUUUCAAAGAUUAA